CUUGAUAUUUCGCCCUCUGGGCAGAAAGACUUUGUGGAAAGCAAGAUAUCUGUCUACUGUUGUGUUGUGGCAUUUAAUGGACGAAAUGUGAUUAAUAUGAACCCAAUCUUGGACGGAUUGCAGCCGUCUUUAAAACUAUGGGGUGAAGAAGAAAUUGAUGGAGCUAUUUAUACUGUAUACCUGAAAAAAGUUCGAUAUCAUCAUGCUACAGAUGUUUAUUCUGAUCAAGUAUCCCAUCUUGAGUGGGAAACUAUUCGUGUUAAAAUGAUUAAAGCAGGCACACUUGAAAAACUUGUAGAGAGUCUUACUACUGAUUCUGGAGAACUUGAAUCGACUUACAUGAAUAUUUUCUUGUCAACAUACAGGUCCUUUGCAUCUCCAAAUCAAGUAUUAUCGAUUUUGCUAAACAGGUAUGAGCAGAUGCAUGGUGAGAAUCUUGGGUUGAUUGCUGAAACUAAAGAACAACAUAAAAGAACACUCGAGAAAGUAUUGUUAGUAUGGCUUGAUAUGUAUUCCGAAGAUUUUUUUGAGCCACCACAAUUUUUAAGCCUUCUGAAAAUUAAGGAAUUUGCUGGGAAGUAUGUUGCUGGAAGUGUUUUAGACCUUCGAGCUAAGCAUAGAUUGUUAAAGUACAAGAAAGCUACAGAGGAAGGAUGUUCUAGUACCUAUCCUGUUGGUAGCCCUUUUGAAUUCAAAGCUAUGUCAUACACUAUCAGAAGCUGCAGCAUUCUGGAUAUACCUGAAAAAGAUUUUGCCUUGCAGUUAACAUAUGCAGAUAAUGAAUUGUUCAAGAAGUUAAUACCACAUCAGUGUCUAGGCUCCGUUUGGUCUAGAAGAGAUAAGGCUUGUGGCUGGAGUGUAACUCCAUCAACAGUUACUGCUACAGUAACACAAUUCAAUGCUGUUUCAUUGCGUGUUAUUAGUACUAUUUUAUCAGACCUGUCUUUAAAAGCCAACAUGCGUUCAAAGAUCAUUAUAAAAUGGAUAAACAUUGCCCAUGAGCUCAGGUUGCUAAAGAAUUUCUCAUCCUUGAAAGCAAUAACAGCUGCGCUUCAGAGUAAUUCAAUACACAGAUUAUCAAAAACUUGGUUGACUGUUCCGAGGGAGAAAAUUGAAACUUUUUCUGAACUAGCAAAUAUAUUUUCAGAGGAAAAUAAUCAAACUAACUGUAGAACACUCUUAAUUCGGGAAGGAUCUGCCAAAUUUGUGGAUGCAAUUUAUUCAAACAGCAAGCAGUUUCAUAAAAGUUUUGACAAACUAGCUCAAGAAUAUGCUUGCACAAUGCAAGGUACAAUUCCAUACUUAGGAACAUUUCUGACUGAUUUGACUAUGAUUGAUGCUGCUAUUCCUGAUUAUCUACCUAAUGGCUUAAUAAACUUUGAUAAAAGAAGGAAGGAAUUUGAAAUUUUAGCUCAAAUAAAGCUUUUGCAAAGUUCAGCUAAUAAUUAUGACAUAAAAGUAGAUCCUGAAUUCCAGAUGUGGUUCAAUUCAGUUCAAGUAUUUGAUGAAAAAAAGAGCUAUGAGUUGUCGUGUUUAAUUGAGCCUCCCGAAAAUACUAAUUUUUCUAAUAAAAGACACAUCGUAGGUACUGUUAAAAGCUCUGUGUUUAAAUGGGGGCAUCAAAAAUGUGAUUCUUCAUCUUCUACAAGUUCAUCGAAUGGCUUUUGUAGUGAAAAAAGUUCUGUUGAUAUAAAUGUACCAAUGAAAGACUGCGAUGUAAAGGUUUCCAAAUCAUGCUCAAGUUUAGCUAUUUCAAAUUUAAGUUCAUCACCUGUCUCCAAUGGGUUCAGUGCUUCACUUCAAGAUUCUUAUAUCAUUAAGGUAUCUUUAGAGCAACAAAACUGUGACAUAGAAGGUGUCAAUAUGUAUAAAAGUAUUAUGGUGAGCUUUUGGUCAAGGUAUAAUCCUGAAUACUUUAACUCAGAGCUUAAUAACAGUGACCGCACCCGUACUGUGAUAACAAAUGCUAUGAUUAAGCAUGGAAUUGAUGGUGAUCCUGAUGAUUAUUCACUUGUGCAGUUAAUUCCAGGUGGUGAAAUCACCUUUCCAGAGUCAGCAAAUGUCUACUAUGCUGUUAACCCUGCUCAUGAGCUUAAGUUUGUCCUGAGGCUAAAGUAUAAAUUAGGUACAUGUGUAGAGAAAAAAAGGACAAUUUUAUAAAAUAUGUAAAGUGUAGAUUUUAUUAUUUUUUUUAAUAUUGAGAAUACAGAUCACUUAGAUAUAUCCAUCUAGUUUCCCAUAUUUAUAUGUAAAAUCAUUGUUCUCAUAACUUAUAUUUUGUAAAUAUAAUUAUUUUUUAUGUGUGCUUGAAUAAAAUUAUUGCUGUCAUGCUUUAAA